AUGACGGCCUUCGAGAAAUCCCCAGGAUUACGGCCCCCCCAUCUCCGCCGCAGCAAUGGCAACACCCAGCUCAUCCUCAAAGGCAAGCCGUUCCUCAUGCUCUCGGCCGAGCUGCACAAUUCCUCCAUGUCCUCUGCGCGCUUCAUGGCCGAGAUCUGGCCCGCGAUGAAGGCCAACCACAUCAACACACUGCUCGGAGCCGUGGCCUGGGAGGACAUUGAGCCGGUCGAGGGCCGGUUCGACUUUUCGGAACUCGACGCUGUGCUGGCCGGCGCGCGGGAGCACGACAUGCACCUCGUGCUCCUCUGGUUCGGCACCUACAAGAACAGCAUCUCGACAUAUGCGCCGCACUGGGUCAAGCGCGACACGAAGCGCUUCCCCCGCGUCCAGUGCCUCGAGGCCGGCGGCGUCAAGCGCACCAUCGAGAUGGUCACCCCGCUCAGCGAAGAGGGGUGCAGGGCCGACUCCCGCGCCUUCGCCGAGCUGUGCCGCCACCUUGCCCGGGUUGACGCCGAGCACAACACCGUCCUCAUGAUCCAGGUCGAGAACGAGACCGGCCUGCUGGGUGACUCGCGCGACCGCUCCCGCCGCGCCGACAAGGCUUUUGCGGAACCCGUGCCGGAGGGCCUGCUCACCCACCUGACACGGCGGUCGGCCGAUCUGCACCCCAAGUUCAGGGCGCGCUUCGCCGAGCCUCUCGCGUCUGGCGCGCACUCGUGGAACGACGUCUUUGGGGGCGGCCCGGCGGCCGACGAAGCCUUCAUGGCCUACCACAUCUCGUCGUACGUCGGCCGCGUGGCCGCCGCGGGCAAGAGAGAGUAUGACAUCCCGAUGUACACCAAUACGUGGCUCAAUUCCGACGACUCGUCCGACCUCGACCUCUGCAGCGGCGCCGUUCCCGGCGUGUAUCCCUCGGGCGGCCCCUGCCCCCACGUCCUCGACAUCUGGCGGCACAACACAAUCUUGACCGAGAACAAGGCGCUCGACUUCUUGGCGCCCGACCUGUACUCCCACGACUACGAGGCCGUGUGCCGGGACUACACGGCGCAAGGGAACCCGCUGUUCAUCCCGGAGCAGCGGCGCGACGAGAAGGGAGCGCGGCGGGUGUGGCUGUCGUACGGGACGUACGGGGCGCUGGGCGCGAGCCCCUUCGGCAUCGACACGGGCGCCGGGGUCGUCGGCCGCGAGUUCAAGCUGUUGGCGCAGGUGGCGCCGUACCUGCUCGCCGCGCGGCCAGAGGACCGCAUGGGCUUCUUCUUCGACGAGGAGGUCGACCCGUCCGGCCAGGGCGAGAAGUGGACGCGGGCGUUCGGCGACUUGGAGGUCACGGUCGAGCGCGCCUUCGUCUUCGGCAAGCCCGGCCCCGGCGGCGGGCUCGUCAUCCGCCUCGGCGGCGGCGGGGCGCGGUUCCUCGUCGUCGGGCGCGGCUUCAACGUCCGGUUCCGGAGCCUGCGGCGGGAGGCGACGUUCACGGGCAUCCUCGCGGCGGCGGAGAAGGAGACGGCGGCGGACGGGACGCUACGGACGCUGCGGGUGCUGAACGGCGACGAGACGCGCAGCGGCGCGUUCCUCAUCAUGCCCAACGACGACCCGGACUACGGCGGGUUCCACAUCGCCGUGACGGUGCCGGCGCGGACGUGCAUCGCAGAGGUCGAGGCGUACUGGGUCGCCGAGGACGACGAGGACCGGUGA